AUGACAGAGUUUCCAGUCCAAAUCCAAUUCAACAAUAGUCCUGAAGAACCUAGAACAAAUGAGUUCUCGGAUGAUUCUAACCGUGGAAUUACUCUGGCCUUGUACAGUAAUGAACCAAUUUCAGAUACCAACACCAUCACAAUACCUGAAUCUGAAUCAACUCUUCCUAUCAACAAUUCUACUCCUUCCCCACAACCAUCUUCUCCCUUUCCGUCAGUACCUUCAUCCCCAACCCCCAAUUCUUCAUCUAUUACCAACAAUCCCACUCUUACCCCACAACCAUAUUCUCCCUUCCCAUCAGCACCUUCACCCCCAACCCCUAAUUCUUCAUCUAAUCAAAUCUCAAUUCGACCCUGGAAGACAGCAGCUCGUGGUUCAAAACAUAAAAUCUCUAGUUCUAAUGAAGGGUUCAAACAUUCAGGCUCAAAACGGCAUGGUACACCGAUGGAUUGUGAUUAUCCAACUAAGAACAGUAUUAGGGUUUGUAAUGCCUUAGAUUAUGAAUCAUCUUAUUUUGUACCUGCAAUUGGAAGAAGUGGUGGUUUAAUCAUCAUGUGGAGAGACAAUGUGGAACUCAAUGUUGUUUCUGCCAACUCUAAUUUGAUUCGAUGUUCUAUUGAAACUCAUUUCAACUUACCUCGAUGGGAACUGUUAUGUGUUUACGGCCCUCCGGCGCACCAAAACAGAAAAGGGUUUUGGGAGAGAAUGUCUAAUCUUAUUGCUUCUAUUGAGACAGCUUGGUGUAUGAUUGGUGAUUUGAAUGUGCUUAUUUCUUCUCAUGAGAAACAUGGUGGAUCUCAGAAUUCGGAUAUCAGUUGUAGUGAAUUCAGGAAUUUACUUCAAGAUAGAGAUGUCAUUGAUUUGGGGUUUGCAGGGCCAGCCUUCACUUGGUCAAGAAGAACAAUCCAUUCUGCUCCGGUGUAUGAACGUCUUGAUAGAGCGAUGUGUAAUUCUCUGCAGAAACUGCAAUUCACUGAAGCUGCUGUCCUACAUCUUCCAAGGAUAUAUAGCGACCAUGCUCAAAUCCUUCUCAACACCUUAAGAAAACCACCAAAAAGGAGACAACAAUUCAAGGUCGAGUAUUUUUGGACUGGACAUCCGGGGUUCUUGGAGGAGACUAAGAAGAGUUGGGAUAACGGCAAUGGUGACACUAUUAGAAAACUUCAAACUCUGAGUAAACAUCUUACUAAGUGGAGUAAAUCUACUUUUGGGCAUGUCACUAGGGAACUGGAAGCUGAGAGACAAAAUCUUCUUGACAUUCAAUCUGAGGCUCACUUAUACGAUAUUAGAGAAGAAGAGAGAAUUGUUCAAGACAAGAUCAAGAUUUUGAUUUAA